CCGCAGCGAAACGACUCCGGUCAACUCGAUCGUACGAACGAACGCCACCCCAGACAACGAAAAAAACGAUGAUUCCUCUUCGUACAAACCUGGAUGAACAGCAAACGAUGACGGAAGUGGCGUUCCCCACACGAGGAAUAGAGACUGACGGAGAAUCAGCAUUGAUACCACUGACGCCGACUACGUCCGCAUCCGUGUCGUCACAGUUACCAGAAACCGACACAAGUCGACCGAUCGGGCAUCGCGCUUUGCACGUGGCUUGCAAGCACGAUCCGGACCUCACGGUAGUGCGGCGACUCGUUGAGGCCUAUCCCGAGCACCUUCGGAUCUUUGAUGCACACCGAGAUUUGCCCUUGCACGUUGCUUUGCUGCACCAGGCUUCCAUCAAUGUCGUCGAGUUCUUGGUAGGAUCCUAUCCCAAGUCGGUAGAGCUACCUAACGGGGACGAUGAGCUGCCCUUAAAUUUGGCGAUUCUGUGCCACGCUCCCAUCGAUAUUUUAAGCUUGUUGAUGAAAGCCUCCCCCGCUGCUCUGCGGCAACAAGAUAGUCUUGGCCAUUACCCGUUACAUAAUAUGAUUGCGCAAGGCUGUUACACUGUAGAAGAGAUUCAGCAAGUACUGCAAUCGUAUUCUCCGGCAAUGGGACUACCGGGAGCCGAAGGUCAAACGCCCCUGCACGUGGCUGUCUUGGCUGGCGGUGCUCCUUUAGACUUGGUCUCCUCUUUGCUUGCCACUUACGAAGCAGCCGCGAAACGCUUUGAUGAUGCUGGCAUGUUGCCUUUGCAUGCCGCGUUGUCGCAAGGGGCUUCAUUGCCUGUUGUACAGCUGCUCGUGACGACAUAUCCCCAAGCACUCCAGUUGCGUGACGGCCAGGGACUGCUGCCGAUAGAAAUAAACGCCACCUACGGAGCACAUUCUUCGCCUGCGGUGGCAGAUUUUUUACGACUUGCAAAUGAGAAUCUGGACGAGGUAUCAAGAGGAUGCGACUUGCUGUCUCCAUCAUGAAUUCCCUCACUUUCAAUCACGAUGAGCUAGAAACUGCGUGUGACGACCGAAAGGGUCAGCCUCUUGAAUCGCUCGUGGUGAAAGCAUGUAAGUUGUAAAACUUGAGACGCGCAGCUAAAAACAACUUCACUGCGUUUUAAGUGAACGCAAUCAUUGCCAUACUGCCUCUUCAUGAUUAUUUUCUGAUUAUUGGAGAUGCCCUCUUUGUACAAUUGGAAAUGGUUCGAGGAGACAAACUCUAUUCUGUCGUAUUGAUCUAUUGCACACAAUUACUAUCCGGCACAUCCUACCUAUAAUAUAUGGUUUAUUCUCCGAAGGUCUUGCCGUUUUAUGGUACUUGUGAAGAUAAAGGUGAUAGUACAAAGUAAACCUGA